GGCAGUUCCCCUGCGCGCUCUCUCUCCUGCAGGCUGUGCUCAUUCACAUACUCUCACACACACACACACACCGCAAACCAAUAGGAUACUGGACACACACUCACAUACUCCUAUACUUUUAAUCUACAGCUGCAGGCACUGAUAUACACUCACACUGCUAUCUGCAUUUAGAGAGUUUUGAGGUUAUAUCAGAAGCAGCUGCACACACGUUGACUUUAAAAACAGUUAUUUCUCCAUCUGAAAUCUCACUCAGAGAAUGAGGACAAUUGGGAUUUGCGUUUUUGCCGGUCUCCUGCUGACAGCCAGCUGGGCAGCGGACUUUGCCGUCAACUCACACCAGAGAUGGGAUGUUAGAGGAACUCUUCCUUUGGGAUCUGAAUCUGGUACCCCCUCCUCCUGUCACAUGAAGCUGAGACCAUCCGGCCAGUGCGGGACCUCUGGGGUCGGGGCAGAGGACGGGGACGACUGCCCUUACCAGCUCACCCUGCCUCCCCUCACUAUCCAGCUGCCCAAGCAGUUCAGGCUGCUGGAGAAGACAAUGAAGGAGCUGCAGAGCUUGAAGGAGGUGGUGAACAAGCUGAAGAGCGGGUGCCAGGAGUGUCGCGGCACAGCACGAGGCAAUGGAGCUUUUGGAAAUCAGCAAGCGGACCAGGGACAGUUCCCCAUUCAGAGGGACACUGGAGAAGUGAGGCUGGACCUGACGGGACAGGAAGGGCUAGGUGGGUCCAGUCAGGAAGAGAGGGGAGAUGGGAUGGUCCCUGGAGCUACUGUGGAUGUUGCUGGACCAGGACAAGGCUCUAAUUUUGGGAAGAUUACACCGAGCCCGAGCACUAUGCAAGAGAUGCAGGUGAAGCUGAAUAGGAUGUCAGCCAGCCUGCGCAACGCCCGGAGCCAGAUCUCGGCUCUGCAGGGCCGUCUGGAGGGGAUCAACCUGCUCAACAUGGACAAUGUGCAGGCCAUGGUGGACAGGAGGGUGGAGAACAUCACUGGAGUGGUGAACAAGCUCAGUUCCACCUGCACCAGCCAGUGUGCAGUGCAGAACACACCUCAAUUCAUCCUGGCCCCUCGGGACUGUUCUGACUACAAUGUGCUGGAGGCGAGGAAGAAUGGAGUGUACCGCGUGACCCCUGAUCCCCGCAACGGGACAUUUGAGGUCUUCUGCGACAUGGAGUCUUAUGGAGGGGGAUGGACCGUGAUACAGCAGCGGCUUGAUGGGUCUGUCAGCUUCAAUCGCACAUGGACAGAGUAUAAGAAAGGCUUCGGGAACCUCAGAGGUGAGUUCUGGCUGGGCAAUGAUCAUAUCCACUUGAUGACCAGCAAAGACAUGAUCCUGCGUAUCGAGCUGGAAGACUUUGAGGGGGUUCGAGAGUCUGCUAAAUAUGACCAGUUCUACGUGGCUAAUGAGUUUCUGCGCUACCGGCUGUCUAUCAGUGGAUACAGUGGCUCAGCUGGGAACGCCAUCAGUUUCAACAAGCAUUUCAACCACGACCAGAAGUUGUUCUCCACGCCCGACCGCGACAACGACAUGUACCCCUCCGGAAACUGUGGCGCCUAUUACAGCUCCGGCUGGUGGUUUGACGCCUGCAUGUCCGCCAACCUCAAUGGGAAGUACUAUCACAAGAGGUACAAGGGGGUCAGGAACGGGAUCUUUUGGGGAACAUGGCACAACAUGUCAACGGAGUACUACCCCACCAACUACAGGCAGGCCUUCAAAACGGUCAAGAUGAUGAUACGGCCCAAAAACUACGCUCCUUAAAAGUCCGGAUAAAUAUUCAUGAGUAAAGUCAGUUGGAAAGAUACACUGACAAACAUAAAGACAGUCAGAAAUGGAAAAACACUCCAGUCAGAAUCUCAUACACAUAGUCAGUCAUGCAUACGUGUACACCUAAAAAAGACUAUAAGCUCUGUAGACAGUUUGAAUGCAGUAAAAACUAAAAUAAUUAGGAAAAUGAGCUACACCUUUUCCCUUUUUAGUGAGUAUGGCCUUCAAAAAUGUUGAAUUUAAAUGAUCCCAAUAAAGGACAGUGGACUAUAAAUGAUGAUGGACUAAUAAAAAUAUCACCAUACAUGCUGUGUAAAGGCCAGCCCCCUAUAGGGGCCAUAAUAUUAUAUGGAGGGUUACAAUGAGAGAUUUCUCACUGUUUCCCUGACAUUUCUCCACUUUCUGUUCUGCUGCCUCCUGAUAUACACCCAGUGGAGAUGCUGCACAGCACACAGAAGUAGUAAAAAGUAAUGAGCUAUCAUUUUUCUCGCUCUGAAUGGUUUAAUAAUUAAAAGCGGCCACUCAAGUGAGGUAUAUGGAAGGUAAUGAUACAGUUUUGAGUGGGACUGAAAUUCAUUGUGAAAGACUUCAUGCUGGGGUUAAAACUGUUUUUUAUUGUGUGUGUUUUUUUUUUUUUUAAGAGAAAUAGAAUUACAGGAAGUGCUUUGUGCAGCAGUGCUAAAGUGAUAGUUUCUGUGUCGUUUAUUUAAUAACACCAGGACACUUCAACUAAUGUAUCAUCAUCCUGAACAAUAUUAAAUAUCCCAGUAUAAAAAUAUGCAGCCUGAAAAAGAUUUAUAUUGGAUAACUCCCAAAUGCAUCCUGGAUUAUUGAUGCUUUAGUAAAUUGAUCUUGACAGCAGCCUCAGAGAGGGACAUGUUACGUUUCCAAUCCUGAUCUAUAGCUGCUCUGAGGUACAGCACAUUUACUGAUGCCAUACAGCAGUUUUUUCCACAUAUCUGAAAAAAAACUAAGGCCUACCAAACUCACCACUUGUACAAUACUGCUGCCUAAUGUUAGAAAACUGUAUUGCACCAUUUAGUCCAUUCUAUACACACUGUGAAUGGGAAGGACGGGGAACGUUUUGCUUAAAGGACGUGUACAGUAUUUAUUUUAUUUUGUGAGAUAUGAUAGCUUUUAUAAAAUACAUAGGGCAUACAGAACAAGGUUCAAUGAUUGUUGAUAUUUGAGCAAUGAUAAAGACUGUGCAUUAUUGUGACCAUUCAUAGUACUUAUGUGUGUGUAUUUGGAGCUUUGUGUGUGUACAAUAUUGAUCUUUUCUAUCAGUCAUAUUCAGCUGUCAUGCCAAAAGAUAUGCACUUUUUAUAUCAAAAGAUGAAUAAAGUUCUAAUUACA